AUGUUCUCAAUCUCACCCACCAUCAUGUUGCUCGUCAGUUCACCCACGAACCCGGUCUUCGCCAGUGUGACUAAUGAACUUCGAAGGCUUUCGAGCGCCUGCCAGAGCGCACUGUCACAAGUAGCUGCCAACCCUGACGCCAAUGCUUGUCUCAGUGUCUCUUCCCUUUUCGCUACAGUGCUUUCGCCCAAUGCCAGCAUCAUUACUCCUGUGGAUAAUCUCCUCAAGUCUCUGUGCGCAGCAGCACCGUGCAGUAAUGCCACCCUAUCCGCCGUUGUGGCCAAUGUCACUAACGGGUGCAGCGCUGAACUGUCUAUGGCCCCUAGCAGUAGCACCUCUUCAGCGACUUUGACGGCCUUGGUCGAGCAGUAUUAUCCCACUGUCAGGCAGAUGGUAUGCCUGUCCGAUUCUGGCACGAACUGUAUCACCCAGACGCUCUCGAGCUUGCAAACUUCAUUGGGCACUCUUAGUCUGAACAGCAUCGGAACUGUCAUUUCCAACGCAUUCAAGUCGAACCUCCGUCUUCCCAGCAACGUCACCUGCACGGACUGCGUCAAGGAGGCGUACAACGUGCUCAACCAAGACUUUCCCAGCACUGGGUCCGCGCUGUCAACUAGCUUGCAAAAUCAAUGCGGCUCUUCUUUUACAAAUGGCUCGGCCCCGUCGAAUGUGGUUGAAACUGCUACCAAGCCAUCGACAAGUGCGAAUCCUAGCAAUUCUGCCCUGGUUCAGCUUGGAGCGUCGAGUGCUUUGGGUGCAUUUGCUCUAGUCAUCGGCGCAUCGCUCCUAAUUUAGAUGUCUUUUGUAACUUGAUCGUCGCAAUGCACGGCCCUGAUUUGGAUCGUUGGCACGUCCAAUACACUUGGUAGUCGGGUUGGCACAGGCGUCCCUUUCACUUUCUUCCUUCCACCUCAACAGGCUUUGAGUUCUCCUUUUCUUUCUCGCAUCGUUCCCUUUUGUUUUUUCAUUAUGAAAGUUUCAACCUUUCUUACCUUUGUCACGGGAGCUGCCGUGGUUUCUGCUCAAUCCCUCAGCACUGGGUGCUCCGAGACCUUGAAGGGAAUCAUCUCUUCGCCAGAUGCCGCAUGUCUCAACCCGUCAGCGCUGCUGUCCUUCUUUGUUGGCAACGCGCAAUCCGUCCCGGACACGGUCAACAACUGGCUUGGAGGGCUCUGUGCUGUCGGCACCUGCAGUAACGCAUCCCUUGCUUCUGUAGCAGCCACCGUUACCUCGGGAUGCGCCAGUGAUCUGAGCGCAUUCAAUGUCAGCGUCGGAGCUGGGCUGCAACAGACCAUCACCCAGAUCGUGCAGCAAGUGUAUCCGACCGCGCGUUCUAUCAUGUGCCUGAAAGACAAUGCAUCCAGCAAAUUUUGCGCCACCGAGAUGCUCAGCAGCAUCGAGACCCUUACAGGAAAACUAAUCUUGUCGCCAGCGCGGCCAAUUUGGCCUGCACCAACUGCACCAAGGCUGCAUUCAGCCUCGCAGCUCCAUUGACGGCACAGUUCCCCCAGGCCUCCUCCGCCAUCGACACGUUGUGCGGCGCAGGCUUUGCUGAGUCGGCUUCUUCUCUCGCUGAUGACGGGGUCAGUCAAACUGCUGUGAACGAGCAAUUCGCUCUGGCGCCGAUCAAAUCUAGCGGUGCUUCGUCUCUCCAGCCCGUGGCGACCAUCGUCCUUGCCCUGCUCUCCAUGUGGGCUCUGUUGUAACGGAUAUCGCAUUGUAUCGAAAGACAUUGUGCUUGGUGACCUGGUCUUCCCGCCGUUCUCAGCGAAGCGGUAGCUAGAAAACUUACAGGAUACGUUGUACAAUAGUGACACUGGGUAAACGACAGGUCGAGUGUAGAUGCUAUGUUGAUGGUAUGUAGAUGCUUGUAUGACGAAAACUGACUAGAAAGCGAC